AUGGCCAAGAGGGCGGCUGGGCAGAAUGUUCACCGGUUCUCUCGCGUGGUGGGCGUCGUCAAGACGUACACCAAGUUGCGGCAGGCAGUGCGGCAAAGCCGCACGCACGGUCGUACCGCGGAAGGCUUGGCGAUGGAGCUGAGGCGCACCAUGAUGGCCAUCGAGGUUCCUAUUUUGAAUCAGGUAGUGAAGCUCGCUAUUCCUCGGAAUCGUUGGGCCAAUGCCAAGAAGAGGGAUGACAAGAUGUUUGUGCAGCUCACGGCGGGAUCCCAUGUCGACCCCAGUGUCUUUCGGCAGCUCGUUGGAUGCUCUGGCAGGGCGGCCUUUGCGAAGUCGCCAGACUCGCUGCGUUCGUUCAUACAUGAGUCGUUCAAGCGCCGUGCCAUCUGCGUGACGAGCGAACGGUGCACGGGCGUGCCAGCCACCACGGACGAGAAGGCUGAGCGGAAGCAUCGGCUGUGGUGCGACGAGUACACGAACAAGGGCUUUGUGGAGUUCCCAGCGGGCUUCGGGCCCGGGGUCCAUAUCGGGGGCAAGAAGUUCGAUGCUGCAGCUUUGGAGCGGGUCCGCGACGCUCUGAAUAGCAGCGGGGAGUUUCGAAGGAUUUGGGGGGGUCGUUGCAAGACGCACCAGAUGGGCCAACUGAUUUGCAAGGUUCGCCAGCACGUGUUCUGCGGCAUGACGGCCAGUGCCGCGAGACAGUUCCUGGCGCGCGCAGAGCGCGGCGACAACAAGGAGACGGAGGAGCUGUGCUGGACACUCGCUGAAUUCGGGGCUCGCCCGGGGGUGGGCCGCGCAUGCAAGGUGGGGUAA